GAAAAAAAUAAAAAUCUACAACUCAAUGCUUUGAGAUCCAACAAGAGCACUGAUUUAAGCAGGAGAGGGUAAGUAAAGUACCCGGUUUCAACAAUCAAAAAAGGCAUUAUUGCGAGGAAGGAUCAUAUUUAUACACACAAAGCAUAAACCAUUUUUGUCAUUUGGUACGAUAAAGAGCUUUCACCUACACAGACAGACAAGAUAAUUAUAAGUAUUUUGAUGUAAACAAAAAUACUGAAAAAAAGAAACACCAUGGCUGUUGAUGAGCAGAAAUCAGGUUCUGGGCCUGAAGGCAAGGUUUGGAGUCUUUGUAAAAUGCCGUUUUGGCAAUCAAGCAAUGGUUCUUCUUCUUCUUCAUCUUCUUCAAUGCAUAACAGCAAUGUUUAUCAGCAGAAUAAUACUCAGCAACUUGGAGCAAGAUCAACUGCACAUUCUUCUAAUGUUUCUACUAUGGCCAAGUCUUUUCUUCCUACUAGAAGAAGACUCAGGCUUGAUCCUGCUAACAAGCUCUACUUUCCUUAUGAACCUGGUAAGCAGGUUAGGAGCGCUAUUUCCAUUAAAAACACUUGCAGGUCUCAUGUAGCUUUCAAGUUCCAAACAACUGCACCAAAGAGUUGUUAUAUGCGUCCUCCAGGGGGAAUACUAGCUCCUGGUGAAAGUCUCAUCGCAACAGUAUUCAAGUUCGUGGAGCCUCCUGAGAACAAUGAGAGACCAGUUGAUCAGAAGAGCAAAGUUAAGUUUAAGAUCAUGAGCUUAAAAUUGAAUGGAGAGAUGGACUAUGUCCCAGAGCUGUUUGAUGAGCAAAAGGAUCAAGUAGCAGUUGAGCAAAUUUUACAGGUUGUUUUCCUUGACCCAGAACGCCCUAGCUCUGCGCUGGAUAAACUCAAACUUCAGUUGGCUGAGGCAGAGGCUGCACUCGAGGCACGCAAAAAGCCUCCAGAAGACACAGGACCCCGUAUUGUUGGGGAAGGACUUGUUAUAGACGAAUGGAAAGAACGACGGGAAAGGUAUUUGGCCCAGCAGCAGGUUGAAGGGGUUGAUUCUCUGUAAAGUGUUGUUACCUCUUGUUCAAGCACUUACUUUUGUGGAACUGAAUUUCCCAUCAAGCAAUGUUGCAUUCUUUGGCCUUCCGUUCAUUCAGAGUAUGUUCAAGUGAUUAAGAGGAAUGCCCAGAAAGGUUAAAUUGAAGUAUGGUAUUAUUGUUAUCAGGUUUGAGCCGCUUCGUAUGUAGAUGAACUGUAUCUGGUGUAAGCUGCUUGAUUCAGGGCUCCUUCCCUGCUAUUUGUAGAUAUGGGAUUCUGUUUAGUACAAAAAUUGUUGAUUUUGGCUUUAAAGAUGUCUUAUGUAGCUCAUUUUCUCCUCAACUUUGUAAACUACCCUUAUAAUUUUCGUGUUUGAGAUUUGGAGAACUUUGUUGCUGCAUAAGAAUUAAAGAUACUUAAUCAAAGCCUUGAAUUGUUCUCACA